CUGUUGAGUUUGCUAAAGAGACUAUGAAGUAGUACUAUGGUGAUUGAGGCUUGCAGUACUAAGAAACCGGGUUUAAGAUGCUAAUGGGACAAUAAUUUUAGUACAAAAUGUCUGAAAGGAGAAAUGACUACUCUUGGAUACUGUGAAGGGGUUGCAAACUCCGAGACCCGAAAGAUGCUCGUAAGGCUGUGGUCCGGUGACCAGGAUCUUGAAAUCAUCAAAACUAAAGUAUUGGUGAGGGAAAGGGGCCACAGGUUGAGGCACGACAAGUUCUGCCUGUGUGUAGCUUGGUCUCCUAAUCCAAACGCUUGCAUAACGAUGAUAAUCCUGAAUGAGUGUGUCCCAGAUUGCCGUCUGAAGCAAAUCUUGGAAGAAAAGGCUUCAGCAUACACUAUGCAACAGGUUCAAACGCACUUCUUCAUUGAUUGGGGUAAAUUCACGGAAUAUGACGGUUUCCAGAUGAUUGUAUACCAGCUAUUGAGGCCUUCAGGCGGGAACAGUUCUCGACACUGUGAAUGAGCUAGUGGAAGAACAUAAUUUG